AUGAAAGGCGAAAGUAACACUGAGACGCCUCAAAGAGAGGUCACAUCCUCUUUAUUAGAUGCAUUUGAUUUACUCAAAUCCCCGAAGGAUGAUUUAAAAAUUACAGGUGGUACGAAGAUAAUUGCGCGACUUCUGGAAAACAAGAACGAGAAAGAUUUACAGUACGCUUUGAAACGCUUGAUUAGAAGCUUGGGUGCCAAUGUCUUGGAAAUGCGAUUAGGGUAUUUUGCUACUCUUGUGAGAUUAAUACCUAAAUUUGAAGAAAUUAGUGUAGUCCAAUUACUGGAAUUAGUAAAAAAAGAAUUACAUGCAAAUGCAUCAUCAAAAAGUGAAGUUGGUGAUGUUGCUCUUGGUCAAAUUUUGUUAUGUGGAGUUUUAUUCCGAUCAGGUCUUAUGGUAAAAAGUACUGAUGAAGAGCAAAAACAAAUAUUACAACUUCUUCAAACAGCAAGUGCAAAAAAAUCAUACCUAAGCACUGUAGCAUCUGUUGUAUUAUUGGAAUUUAUCAAUGAGCUUAAUGAGGAUGAUUUUGUUUCCAUAGUAUGGUCAAACAUUAAACAAGAUUAUAAGAAAGAUAUUAAAGAACACAAUUUGGAUUCUCUAUAUAUUCUUCUAGUACUCAGCAAAAAGUUCCCUGAUAAAAUUAAAUUAAGAAAGUUAAUUGGUGUACCAGAUAUUUUAUAUGAAGAUAAUAUUCCUGAUAUCUGUGAGAAAUUGAUGACUGGAGUAGACUUCAGCUUGAUAAGCCAUCCUAUAUAUAAAGAAAUUGGAACACAAGUUGCGAAAUCAGCACAAUUGAAGCUAUUUUGGAGUAAAAUUGACAGUCACCUCGUAAAGCAUAAUAGAAACAGAGAAUUGGUUGCAUUGAAUCUUCUCAACACUAUUUUACAAAACAUUCAUGACAAUGUUGAAGUGUUACCAGAGUUACUCAGUGAUAAUUUCUUUAAAUUAUUCAUGGAUUGGUUUAAAGGUUUACAGACAGCGAGUAAAAUCAGAAAUAAAAGAGAUGAUGAAGAUGACCAUAAAAUUAUGAUAAAAAAACAGAAGGAAACCCUCGUAACAUUCAGUAGAGCAUUGAAAUUUCCUGAUGUGAAUGUUGAUAUAAGGGUUGCAACGUUAAAAAAACUAUUAUUUAAUCCUGGUGAAAUAAAUUUCACUGAAAUCACAGGAUCUACAAUAGUUAAAACUAUUAUCGCUGAUUUAGAUGACAUAGGCUUAAAAAAAAUGGCCAAAUCCUUAAAAAAAGUGUUACUCAAUACAUCAAAGAAGGUUGUAAAAGAGAAUGUUGAAAGAAAUUGGUAUAACAAUGAAAGAGUUAAAGCAGCUGAACUUAUUUCCUUUAUUGUUAGUCACGAGGCAGUUAGAGGUGAUACUGAGUUUAAAAUAACUUAUAUGCAAUUACUGAUGUGCUUUGGGUUCUUUAAAAUUGGUGGAGAUGAAAGUAUGGCAGUUAGCAGUGAUUUAGCAGAUUCCAUCAAAACAUGUUUCUACAGAUGCUUCUCAUGUAAAUUUUCAAAUGUAGACAGUUUUGUUGCUGUCCUAACAUCUCUUUCCACAUUCAUAUCUAAUAUGAUGAGCAAGAGUCAAGUAAAAGAAAAACUACAAAAACAAUUUCCUAAAGAAAACAUGGAUUGCUGGAAUAUGCUAAAUGACGUGUGUGAAAGUUUGGAACAAAAUGACACAAAGUCAAAAGUGGACAAAGUUUUCCUUAUUUUACUUUACCAACUCGGUUUAUUCUUAUUCUCGGAACCGUCACAUGUUAAUAUUGCCAGGAGUUCUAUAAUUGAAUUAAAAAGUUGCUACGAACAUUACAAUAAAGGUAAGAAGAAAAAAACAAAAAAGAAUGGGGAAAGUUUAGCAGAUGAACCAGAGUGGAUUGAAGUUUUAGUUGAAGUACUGUUGUCCAUAUUAUCAAUAGAAUCCAGUGUGCUUCGAGGGGUUGUGCAAUGUGUGUUCAGGCUUCUUUGGGAAUACUUAACACCCACAGCAAUUGGUCAAAUUAUAUCAGUCUUGGAUCCAGAGAGUGAAGCUAACCCAUUAAGAGCAGAGAGUGAAUCUGAAGAUGAAGGUAACGAUGACAACAUAAAUGAAUCUGAUGACAACAGUGAAGAAAAAGAAGAAUCGAAUGAAGAAGACGAAAGUGACAGUGAGGUUGAAGAAGAUGAAGUAGAUGACAUGAAAAUACCUGAUCAAUUACGUUUGGCUGUUCAAAGAGCUUUAGGUAGUGCAGCUAUGCCAGAUGACGAUGCUGAAAGUAUAGAUGCAGAUAUGAUUACAGAAGAAGAAGGUAAAAAAUUAGAUGAGGCCUUAGCUGAUGCUUUUAAGCAAUUUCAGCAAGACAAAAAGAAAAAGUCCAAACAGGACAGAAAAAACAAAAAAGCAUUAUCUGAUUUCAGAAUAAGAGUUCUGGAUCUUAUAGAUAUAUAUUUAGAGAAAGAUCCUGCUAUGGACAUUUGCUUGAGUAUGAUAGCCCCACUCACAAGAUGUCUUGAAUUUUGUAUGCAAGACAAUCAACUCCAGGAAUUGGAAAACAGAGUAAGAAAGACAAUAAAAUUUUUGACAAAAAUAAAAAAGUUUAAUUCCACUGGUGAUAUCACAUUUGAAAUUUUGGGAGACUUUUUAAAAUCAAUUAUUGAUAAGGGUGAUAGGUCUCAUUUUAUGUAUCAAGCCCUUGGGGACAUUAUUACCUAUUCAUCUAUUUUCAUAAUACACUGCUCACAAAAACUCGAAAUGAAAUCUAAAUCGCCGAAAAAGCAAAAGCGUGCAUCGGUUAUCAUCGAAAUAUUUAAAGAUGCAGUUGAAAAUUAUUUUAAUAACCGUAGCUGUUUGCUUCCAAUUAUAUUUUUCCACAACAUAUUGCAAACUGAAUGGGAUGGAAAAUAUGAACUCUUGCUGUUGGUAAUUAAAAAUGUGUUCAACAAUAAUGUUCGACAGUUUCGCCGUAAUGAAGGUCUGAAUCUUAUUAUAGGAUUUUAUCAGGCAUUAAAUAGAAGUAAACCAUCACCAGAGGAAGUAAGUUCAAAUGUUAACAAGCUAGAGGAAAUUUUUUUUGACACAUUUUCAGAAUUCAAAUCUAAGAGCGACAAAGAAGUCACAGCUAAUUUCCUAGCGACUUUGAGAAAAUUGAUAAAUAUCAUAAAAAUGUUCCAUGAUAAUUGUAAAAUAUCAACAAAUCUAGAUUUUAAAUCACUUUAUGAUGAUUUAUCAUCAUUUAAAGGAACAGUCAAAAGUAAAAGUAAAGUUGAAGCGACUGUUAAACAAAAAGGAGUAAAAUCAAAGAAGAAUAAAAAAAAUAAGAGAAAAUUAGAACAAGUGAAUGGUGAUCAAACAGAGCCAGAAGCAAAGAAAAGUAAAGAUUCUUCAGAUAGUGAC